AUGGAACAACAGGGUUGGAAAGUUGUCACUGUCAGAGUAGGACUACUCAAAAGUACCGGUUCCGGUACCCUUUUUUCAGACUUCGAGGACUAUUUCGAAAGCGGUUGA